AAAAGGUUCCUCUUUUACCAGCAAACUCAGAGCAAAAAUAUCAAAUGUUUUUUUUUUCCUUUCUAGGGUUUAUUAAAAAGUAAAAUUUCUCAUUCAAAAUCUGUUAUUUCAAUCUGUUGACAAUGGAAGGAGAACAGAAUCUUCCAUUUGAAGUUGGUCAGUUAGGAGAAUCAAAAUCUUUUAAAGAUGGUUUUCGCGGAGCAUGGUUCCGAUGCAAGAUUAAAGAUUACAGGAUCAGAGGUGCAGAACCUACUGUUGCGUUAGAGUAUUAUGACUUUCCAGACGAAAAAAUAACGCGGAUGAACUUGUAUCGUCUGAAUCCGGCUGAAAAACAUACUGGGGUAAAGAAGAAACAUUUGAUGCUGCGCCCAGGGUAUCCACAGAUCUAUCUUCGAAGUCAAAUGCCUGAUAUAUCUGACAUAUCAGAAGUUGUCGGAGUAGUCGACCGUCCUUGGAAAGUUGGGGAUAUGGUUGAUUGGUUCAAAGAUGGUUGCUACUGGUCAGCUAGUAUCACUAACAUACAAGAUGAUGAAAUUGUAGAGGUUCAGUUUCCGAGACCUCCGGUGGGUGAAGGAGGAGUUUAUGCAGUUCCUGGCAAAGAAUUACGCCCAUCCCUGGAUUGGACCCCAGAGCUAGGUUGGACUGUGCCCAUCCCCAAGGUAGGUGAGACUUCUGAACCCUGUGUUUGCUUGAUACACCCUACGAGUCCAGGUAUAAUCCGAAACAACAACAUUUGUACAGGAGAGACUUCGCCGUUCAAGUUUAGUCCAUCUUCAGUUUCUUCAUAUGGUUCAGCUAGCUCAUUUCCUCCAGGGUUCUCAUUGGAUUCUUUAGAUAGGGAAAUUCUGAUUAAGCCUUCAGGUGAUUUGCUGAACAAACAGAAGACUGGCACAGCAAACAUGAAGAACGGUGGUUCAGAUAAAACCACAUUAUCCUCUUGUAUUUCAAGUACCCAUAGUGAUACGAAUGAAUCAGUUUCAGUAAGAAAAAUUCGGCCCCCGAGAGAUCGGAAUAAUUCUGGUGGGUCUUCGAAGAAGAUGAAAAAAAAGGAGAGUGAUUCAACACUCUCUGACAUGAUAGAGUCGUCCAUUAUGGAUUUGGAAGUACUUGUUAACAGGGUUAAAUGGCUCAAAGGAGCGUUAGAGCACGGGGCUGAGUUUUCAACUACAAUGAAGCCUUCCUGGAAGUUUCUGGAAUCCCGUUCAUAAGUUGAAGAUUGAUAAACUGCUUCAGACCUGUAAGUUAAGGAGAUUCUACUGGUGAUUGUUCGUAGUUUUUGUGUGCCAACUGCAGCAACCUACUUACAAUUUAGUCACCUGUGGUCAUAUGGUGGGUUCUCUAUAAGCAUUAUAUUUUAAGCUUCAUAAGAUCGACUUGUGCGAGGUGUAGUAGCCUACAGCAAAAACAUAGCCUUUGUAUCUCUAUCAACAGUGACUAGACAGUGUCAGAGCUCUUGUUAAGUCUUAAGAGCCUGUUUUCCUGUGCAUCUAGCUAGCGGGAUGUCAGGAUGAUGGAUGAAGUUUUCGGUGACAGGGUUGAAGUGUAUCAAAGUACCUAAUGAUAGUGAGAAGCCUACGACUCUUUUUCAACAUGUAUCGGUUGAGCUGUACUUUCGUAUACCGAAAUUAUAACUCUUCGAGUCCUUGUUUUUUUGUUUUUGGUUGGUCGUGUGACAAAAUGGUAAACAUUGUCAUCAAGUUUUUUUUUUGAAACAAAUUGUCAUCAAGUCUAUUAUCAAAUUGUUCUUUAACA